UGUCACAUCAUAAAGGUUUGUUGAACCGUUUGGACAAGGGCGGACUUAACAUUGCGAGGGCCACGGGGUCACGAAUGUAUGUACGAUGGGCUGAUUUUCUUAAUCGCCGGGCCCCCUCGCAAUCAUCUAAGGCGGCCUCUACUUGGGGCACCACACAUGCUGUUGACUGUCUUCCUCCAUUCCUCAAAAGACACGGAGGGAGUACUUGAAAUGUCAAACUAUUUUGUGCCGAAUUUAAAAAUAAAAUAAAUUUGCCUCUGAAUUGGACGACAUAACAGUUUCUUUAUGUUACCGCCAUCAUUCCUGGAAUUCCCAAUGAUUACCAAUCCAACACAUGUCUUCAGGUAAUGGAAAUAUCUGGACAUGGCAAUAAGGAUUCUUUUGUUGUUUAAUCUUGGAAGUCGCAAAUAAAAAUAAAAUAAAAGAGACUAAUUUUCUUAAUUGAUCAGUGACAAUUUCAUGACGCAUUCUGUGAGUGUGAGGUCACAUAGAGGUAGUAGAAAGCUGUGAUCAGAGAAAAUGGUAGCGACUUCCAAGUUUGACCAAGUUAAAAGAACAUAUCACUGAGCAUUCGUUAUCUCGAUUCUAGACCAAGGUCUGCAAUUUUUUCAUUCUGGAGAUUUCCGAUUACUUUCCACAUUGAAAAGAUAUACUAUUAAUAUUUCUGUCAAUACUUGUGUUGGUUUGUAACUUUGGAGCUUGCACAGGGAAGAUGAGAAUGCUUCUUUACAAUUCUUUAUAGACAUUCACGUUUCAGACUGUGAAUUAGACAGUAGACCGCAAUGGCAUUCCAACAACGAUUGUCCAAGUUGCGAGCAAGCUUGUCUCGAAAGAAGAGCGAUUAUUAUAAUUUAAAUAAACAGAGACAAAAGAUUACGCAUGCGUACAGAAGCGACAACGUGGACGAAACAGGAAAUAACGCUCUUCAUCUUGCAGCCAUGGAAGGCAAUUAUGAAUAUGUCAAAUUUUUCUGUUUAAACUAUGCCAAUGUAACCUUGCCCAACAAUGAUGGCAAUGACGCUCUUAUGUUAGCUGUUAUCCAUAAACAUAAAAAAAUUGUGAAAUAUCUACUUUCGGUAGGUGCGCACACUUACACAAGGAAUAAAGAGGGUAACACUGCAUAUGAACUGGUCGAUAAGAACACCCAGAAGUCAGUGGUGGAUCUUAUUUUACUGAACAGGAGCAACGCCAAAAGCAGAAAUGAUUUAUCUACCCAAUCAUUGACGCAGGAAGCGGCAGUUGAAAUCCCGAGUGCGGACAAUAGUGACAGCACUGAAAAUAAGAAAAGAUGGAUUGGCGUUAAAAUAGAUGAAACAAAACUAGAGAACGACACUGAUAAAGAGAAUGGGACUUCAUUUAAAAGCAAAUCCAGCCAACGUGUUUCAUCUUGUGAAAUAGUGAGAACAAUGUAUAUAAAGUCUAAAUAUAAUGAAGUUUACAAACAAGAAACGUAUAAAAAAUGUGUAGAUCUGAACCAGGAGAACUGUCAGGAUGAUCCAUCUCUACCAAAUGUCUUCAAAGAACAUAGCGACACAGUUAACAAAUAUGAACAAUGCCAUGAUCAAAUUGAACAAUCUAAUCUAGUUGAACAAACUACCCAAAGUGUCACAAUUACACAAACUACUCUACUUGAUACUGCCACACAAUCUUCCCAAACAGAAACCAUGUCACAAUCUACCCAACGUGACGUCAAAACACAAUCUACCCAAAGUGACGUCAUGUCACAAUCUACCCAAAGUGACGCCAUGUCACAAACUACCAAAAGUGACGCCAUGUCACAAACUACCCAAAGUGACGUCAUGUCACAAACUACCCAAAGUGACGUCAUGUCACAAUCUACCCAAAGUGACGCCAUGUCACAAACUACCAAAAGUGAAACAAUGUCACAAUCUAUUCAAUGUGACGCCAUGUCACAAACUACCAAAAGUGAAACAAUGUCACAAUCUAUUCAAUGUGACGCCAUGUCACAAUCUACUCAAGCUGAAAUAAUGUCCCAAUCUACCCAAACUGACGAAAAGUCACAAUCUACUCAAACUAAUACCAUGUCACAAUCUACUCUAAAAGACGGCAUGCCACAUUCUACCCAAACUGACGCCAUAUCAAAAUCCACAAAAACUGACGUUAUUUCACAAUCCACCCAAAUGGACACUAUGUCACAAUCCACACAAAGUGACUCUAUGGCACAAUCAACCCAAACUACAGCCAUGUCACAAUCUAACCAAACUGACGACGUGUCACAAUCCACCCAAAGUGACUCUAUGGCACAAUGUGCCCAAACUGACACAAGCCAUAAUACCAUCAUACAACCAGAUCAGUCAGAAUUCUGUAGACGAUCUGCGAAGGAUGAUAUCAAUUUAAAUCAAAGUCAAAGUAACACAACAAAAAUAACUAUUAAAGACAAUGCAACGACAGAUCAAAACAACGAGAAUAAAAUAACAUUGUUUCUAAACAAGCCAGGCAGUGUUUCGGAGGGUCGUUUACAUUUAGACUUGACAGUCGCUGUACAGUUGCAGCUUGCUGAUCCAAAUUCCUUUCAAGAAACAUCCUACAAAAAAUCCGACGGAGUUAAGAGGACCUUGAGCUCCCCAGCAAAAGUGUCGCCUCUGAAGGAGUUUCAAUCUGUUAAACAGCACGCUGCAGAGAAACAGGCUUGUAGCCAUGAUCAAAACUAUGUGAAACUGAAAAAGUCAAAAUCAUGUCCUAGUAUUAAUUUAUACUUCAAUACUUUCAACAUCACUGGAAACGAUUCUAAAACUGCAAUUGACGGGACCCUCAACAUAAAUAAGGAAACAUGCGACUCACAGUUGUAAGAAGAAAAAUCGACAAUAAUAGAUGUAUUUGUUUAAUUUUGUAAACUAUUGCCACAGUUUAUUAUUAAUUAGACCUACUAAUCAUUUUAUUUUAAUCUAAAAAAAAAUCCCAGUUUAUAAUUCAUUAUAACGAUGUUACUUAAAUUAGUGUCCGCUAAUAUGCUCUGACAUCCAUACAUGAUAAUAAAAACACUAUUUGUGGCAACUAAAUAUAUCAGCUCUAGAUCAAGGCAUACAGAAGACAUAAUAAAUCAUUUUAAUAAGACAAAAUAAAAGCUAUAGGUCAGUAGCAUGCUGAACACAUAUAAAGAAAGGGGCACUAAAAGAUUUUGACAUCAUUAGAAAAUAUUAUUUGAAGUAAUAUGGAAUACUGUCAGUUGAGAUUUACACUUCAACAAGGGAGAUAACUGAAAAGAUAAUGUUAUCUUCAAUGUUAUUUACAAUGUUAUUCCCCUUGUUAAUAAUUUAAAAAAAAGCAACGUCAGGAUAUAUUUUUUUAAAUCAUAUUUUUUUUAAGGGGGGAAGAUAGAGUAAACUGUCUCACUGAAAAUAAUAUUAUUUCCCAUUUCAAUGUAAUCUCCAUUUUGUAUAAUUUUAAAUAUGUAUAUUUUUGCACAGUAACGUACCUUUCUUCAGAACUAUAUUCACUAUUUGCCAACUCAAUAGUAGCACAGUCCAUAUUUAAUUAUAUAUUAUUACUAGACAUAUGUUACCCGCGACCCGCGGGUCUUUAAUUUCGCAUUACUUUCGAUAUAGUCACUGAGAGUGUUUUGUAAGCAAUUAAACGAAAUAAUAAUGUAAUAAGUAAAGCGAAUGUGUCAAUGUAAAAAUAGUGUGAAUAAUGCUAUCAAAUCAAAAUAGCUAAUAGGCUUAAAUCCAUUUUUUUUAAAUUAAAACAUUUCUUUUAAAUAAUCUAGUGGAUUGGAUUUAGAUGUAUGUUAAACGUAGCUAAUGAUCCUUUCACGUUAUUUCAGUUUCGCUACGAAAAUAAAAUUAGUUUUGCGAAAAUGGUUUACCCAAAGUCGAUACAUUCUUAUCUAUUAAAAACGAAAAGAGCGAUAGCUUUGUUAAAUAAAUGGGAUUAUAAAGUGAACAAUUAAACGAAAUAAUUUUUAGUACGCGAUUCAUGAAUGAACAUAGAUCUAGGCCUAUCUCAACUCGGCUUCGCAGCUUUCGUAAACGAAUGUAACUUUAGAAAACCAAUUUUGAAUGUUUAUUUGAUCAAAAUAUGAAAUGAAUGGACUUUAAUUAAUAUAUGUAUGUGUUAAAGUAUUAAACUAUCUGUGCGAAGAGAAGCUUUAUCAUCUUAGAGUUGAAUUAGAGUUUUAGAUCUAGGGAUGGGAUUAUAAAGUAAACAAUUAAACGAAUUAAUUUUUAGUACACGAUUCAUUACGGUAUUGUCUAAUGAAAGAAUGUUCGUCAGGAAAUCUGUAAUCACAGAUAUAAGGAACUAAUUAAUGUAAAAAAUGCUUUUGAAACACAAAAUUGAAGAUUAAUUUUAUUAUAUAAUGAAAUCAAUGGAUCUUCUUUUGUAUUUUCAUGUGUCAAAGUAAAAAACUAUCUGCGCAAAGUGUAUUUCUUAAAAUUAGAUCUAGGUCUAAAUCCUUUCUAUCUUUUCUUAUGUCAACAUUGUAGACAUGGCCUAGAUCCAUAAAAUACUAUAGCUGUAAUAGAGUCGGACAACUUUAUUUUUUUUGAGGGUGUUAAGUUUGUUUUAAGGCUACAAUACAUACACUACGGUCUAAGUUGGUGCCCAAGGAACAUUCCUGCCUAGUUUUAUCAAGAUUGGUCAAGCGGUUUUGAUGUCUAUAAGUAACAUACAUACAUACAUACAUACAUACAUACCCCUCACAUUCUACUUUAUAAUAUAGAUAAGUAUUUAAUAUUAGAUAUGAUGCAAUCAAGAAGAAAUAUUUUAUUUUUUAACAUUUUCAAAUCUAAAUACAUUUCUGUUUAAGUGUACACUAUUCAAGACAUAUAUUAUUAUUUAUAUAUUAAAAAAUGUUUUCAUAUUUGUCUCCAACA